UGAGUAAGAGUUUUACGUGUAGGAACACUCUAAAUAUCCAGCUGGAGCGAGAGGGUUCAGCUGGUGUUGCUUCAAGGCUCCCAUGAGCAGCGGCGCUCACCUGACUGCCGCCUGUUACACAGCACCUUGCUUUAGCUGCCUUUCAAAAGAAGUAUUUUGCUUACAACUGCAUCUUUCUAGCAUCCUAUUGAUUAACUUCUUUCUUACCAAGAUUCCCUUAUUGUGAGGUAUUUGUCCAGGAAGCCGAGACAGAACAGAAGAAAAUUAAAACUUAGGCCUUUAUGAGAGAAAAAUCUUUGAAACAGUCAUCUGUAUGCAAUGCUUAGGUCUUGGCAGCAAAAAGAAUACAAUUACGCUUAUUUUGAUCACUUCCUCAACUUCCGUUGAAAAGUGACCACAAUCACUAUAUUCAUGACAGUUCCCAUCCUAGUUUAAAAUGACAAGGUAUAUCUCCAUUUGAAUUACUUUGCAAAGGGCCUUUUUAUGUAGAAUAAAAUGAAAAGUCCUGUGCCAAAAGAGUCUUCCUGUACCAUUAAACACCAGUUUCAUUCAGAUUGCUUGAGAUUCAGGACGUAAAAAUUUCAGAUUUUUCCAGAUCAAUUUAAAUAUUGUUGUUCCUGCAUUAGUUAAGAGUUAUUAGUUAUUAGUUAUGGUCACAUCCAUUUUAUUAUAAUUGGUCAAGUUUGGCUAACCCUGUCUCCACUGGGGUUGGAAAUAAGAAAGAACGUUCUGGCUCUGAGGAUGGCUUUGUUCAGGAAUAAGUUACAGUACCGCUGGCCGUGAGUUCGAAGUUAAUGAAUGAAUGAUACAUAUUAAAUAAGGGACCUUUAAACAGAGACACAUAUAAAACAAGGUUAUGCAUUGAUCAGUUGAAAAUUUGAUGGCCAGAAGCUCCCAGGUACCUAGCCUUGUCUUUCCCAUGGGAGCCGUGGUUCAGUAUUCACUGAUUCAGUGCCCACGGCGACUUGAUAGAAGACAACUGCCAUGAAUAACUAGAAUUAGUUCUCUUUAUGCAUUUGUCUACUUUCUUGUCCAGCUUUACUUUUGCUAUUCAGGUCUUGGAUGAGCCUUAAAAAUCCUUUCACGGAUGGAGAGAAUUAUCUCCAUUCUCUGAAUCUGACUUCUGUGACACUCCAUCCAGACCUUGGGCUGCAAUUCUAGGUGCAUAUUAAAACCACCUACAGAAAAUUUUUUAAACACUGAUGCCUGGGUUCUAUAUCAGAGUCUGAUUUAAUCAAGUGGGGGUGCGCCGCACACAGUACUGUCAUUUAAAGGCUCUCCACAUUAUUCUUAUGCAGGGCCCAGUUUAAGAACCUCUGCCCUGGGCAGAAACGAGAGUCAUGGCUCUGCAGAAACUCUUAAUCACCUGAGCAAGUAACACCUCUGUGAAUUUUGCAUACGAUUGUAGGGCCUUGUGUCCCAAUUAUGACCCAGAGAUGAACGCUUAAGUAACUAAAUGAAAUGGUUGGGGUAUACAUCUGACCCAGCAGUAACCCGAAGUAAAUGUUUAGAUGAUCAGUUUUUCUUUAUCCGUACCUCUUCACUUCUCUUUAGCCGGGCUCGCUGGGGCUUGGGGUUCACCAAACGUAGGAUUUGAUGUUAACAUCUGUCCCCUUAUGUUACCCUUCUCUGUUUUGGGGCAUACACAGUUCUGGGUGUACACAGCAUUGACCUUUUUAAUUACAGACACGGACAUCUUCAAAAUUAAUUGAUGUCAGAUAACAGGAUAUGCUGAAAACCACUGUUUUCCUGCUGUUGUUUUUUUAAGCUUUCAUCUUAGGAAAAAUACUUAGCUUGUGAUUAUAAUUAGAGGCCUAGCAGGGGUAUUAUGAAAAGUACCUAUAAUUUUGACCUUUCCUUCCUGUUUCUCAUUUCUAUUUGAAAAAGAGGCCAUGAUCGAAAGUUUAAAAAAAUAAAUCCACAUUUAAUGAUUCCACAUGGUACAUUUUGCCUCUUCCAAUUUCUUUCUCCAAAAUGGGGCAGGACAGGAAUUUUUUUUUUCCUUCAAAAUGUCUUGUUUAUUCCUUAUUAAAAAGGAGCAUAUGAGAAUGACGCAUCAGAAUUUGUCAGCAGGUCCUUCAGGAGAGUUUCCCAGAUGCUCCUCUGCAACCUCUUGCAGGCAAUUGAUUAAAUAUCGUAUUGAUGGAUUCGUAGACACACACAUAAGAAUUUUAAAUACCUCUCAUAAAAUUAUAUUGCUUAACAAGAGGGUUUUUUUUUUUUUAAAGUUCCACUUGUCUAGAAACUUUGACCUCUGUGUUAUUAUUUUUAAAAUACUCUUCCAAGAUACCCUGUCACUCUCUGUGGAGUUGUGUGCUGUGCAGAGACAGGCUCGGUAGCUAAUGUAUUGCCACAUGAAUUAGGCCCAUUUGAUACUAAAGAAAGGGAUAAAAAGUAGAUAAAAGGAGAAAACUAGUUCUAACCUGGCAUAUUUACUCUUUUUCUUACUUGUAUGUGUUAAAGACAGGUAUGACUUGAAAUGCUUAAUAAGAUAUUUUGAAGUUGAUUUUUCAAAUUAUUCACCAUGUUAUAAAAGUCCAAAUAAAGCUGUAACCUUGAGUAUAUUUUAUAUUUAUUUGGGGAACACAGAAAUCAAUGUAAGCACCCCGGGCUUUUUCAGAUUGGAGCUCCCGUGGUGACCUAUGUGUAUUUCCUUACUCUUGGUCAAGCAUCACUUCAGUGGGAUAUGAUCGAGUAUUUGUCAGAAAUGGAUCUCGGGAUUUAUCCCUAAUUUGAUUUUUUUUCAGUCUUAACAUUUUCAUUUUAAUACUCACUUUUAUGGUGUUGCAGGUGACCGGCACGUAGACACUGUUCUCGUGCCAGGAAGCUGUUUAUCGCCACGUUGGCAUGUUCUGUGUUUGUAGAAAUGAAAGAUGUUGGAGUCCUCAGGACACCAGAAAUUCAGAAAAGUAAUCUGUUACUCUUUGGAAAUAAUUAUUAAACAUUGAGAUGCUUUCAGACCAUUUUUUCAAAUUAAUUAACAGUCAUUUACUUCAUCAGGAAAAAAAAAUGAAUGACUAUUAUAUGUGUAGCACAGCAAAAGCACUCUCUUCCUAACUUGCCUUUUUGGAAAUUGUCUGCUUCCUCUUCUCCAUCCCAACCCCCUUUAUUCAAACAGACCAAAGAAGAAAGAGUGAUUUCUGAAAAAGUUAUAUUUUUGCAGCAAGGAAGCUCUCCAUUCUUUGAGUCUCAGCCGAGCGUCAUAAAGGAAACGCAGGAAGGAGACUCUGCGGGCUCCGUGUUUACCUCCCGUCAAAUCAUUUUCCAGAAAACUGUCCCGUCGACACUAGAGGGCACAGAGGAUUGGGUUAUUGUAGACAGAGUACCCACUGAGAUAGUUGAUGGUGAGUCGGGAAAGAUUGUAACGUACAAGGUGGUGACGGUGAGCAGCGGAACGGGCGACGUCCCCGCCGACCUGCUGGAGUCUAGUGCCGUUGAAGUGCAGAGCUUCGAAGACCUGGCCCGAGAAAUGCACUUGAAGGAUGAGAGCAGACAGAAGAUAUACACGCUUGGAAAGUCCUAUGAUACCGUAUCUGGAAAAAUUGUUACAAUGACAGGAAAAGCCAAGGAUGGGGAGAAGGUGGCACCGGCUGAGUUGGUGAAGGCCCCCCCGGGCCUGGUGGAGUUCGAGGUCCUGAGUGCCAUCGCCGAUGACAGGGCCAGGAGGGGUCCCGAGGGCGACACGCCGAAGCGGAGGUUGUCGGAGACCCUGGCUCCCAUCAGGGAGGCCGAGUCCCGGAGGCAGAGCCCGGAGGAUGGGGACCCCGGGAAGACCCACGUGCCGGGGAGAGAUGCCGGCCCGGAGGGCGCGCGGCUCAGCAGAGCGGAGCCUGAGGCCCUGAAAGUGGGGCCCUUCGGUCCCCGCAGGAAGAGCCUGUCUGAGUGGAGAUACUCCCAGGAACCGGCCGUCACCGUCGCCACCGCCCGUUACGUGACCGAGUCGGCCGCGGCCCGAGUCGUGGUAACCGGUGCCUCUCCGGGGCCACCGCUUCCGAUGCCAGCAUGACAUUUGCCGAGGCAGCCCUUCCACCCCGAGCCUUUCCGUUUCUCCUGCUGUUUGGCUUAUGUUGAGAGCGGCCAACCCAAGCUUUUUAGUUGUUUUCCUGGUUAAGUCACCACCGCGGUCCAGCGCGAGCAUCUGGACACCUGCCGUUUGGUUUCCAGCUCCCGUCCCCGAGGCGGGAUGCUGCGGCUGGCGCUUGCGGUGAAGGGGGAACGUGAUGGCUUAACCCAGCACCGCCCGCACCCCGGGACCUCUCUCUGCUUUCCCACACCGGAGCUCGUGGUCACCCCGAUUUGCUCUUUUAUUUCCCAUUCUUUUCUGUUUCCAAAGUCUGGAUUCCUUGAUCCCUCACCCUCAGUCCUGCGCCCCUGUCCCGUCUCACCAGCUGUGAGUGUGUCUGUGCCGCUUGUGUCCCGACCUCUGUGCUUGACUCUCCAUUUCUUU